AAAAUUUACCAGAAUGGUUCAUUAUCGGUAACAUUUAUUUGUAUUGACUGUUUAAAUAAACUAGAAAUCACCAAGUCUUGAAUAAACUAUUCAGAAACUCUUUAUGACUGUGAUAUUUCUGUAAGACAAAUUAAAUUAUGGUCAAUCCAGUUGAAAUUAUAGAUCACCCUUCUACAGUGUCCCUCAAGAAAACAUCAAAAGUAAAACUUCGAUGGAUUGUGUUCACGAUUAUUGCCAUUCAAGUUUUCUCCCUGAUUUCAAUCAAAAUUAGCAUGAGUUUAGCUGUUGUAGCAAUGAUUGAAGAUGUUUCAUGUUCAACGGAUAACUCGACAGGUAUACAAUCAAAAGGUUGUUUUGAAUCAGAUAUUCAUCGCAAGUUCCAUGUCGAUUGGAAUGAAUCCCAAAAAUCUCGUAUUCUCCAAGCUUAUAUGUGGGGAUCAAUAGGGAUGGCCAUUUUCGGUGGUCGAAUGGCAGAGAUUUAUGGGCCACGGAAAAUUGCCUCCAUUGGAAUAUUCGUAACAGGAAUGAUUAACUUUUUAUUUCCAACGUUGGCUCUUAGAUCUUAUUGGGCCUCUUAUUUUGCCAGAUUGGCUCAAGGAGUCUGUUCAGCCAUCGCAAUACCAACAGGUCAAGUUAUAUUGGCUCAUUGGGCUCCACAACAAGAAAAAACUAUAGCCAGUUCAGUCAUAUUAUCCGGAGCUUUGUUCAGUAAUGCUGUGACCCAUCCACUGGUUGGGCUAAUGGUUAGUGGUGAUUUCCUUGGAGGUUGGCCAUUCGUUUUUUACUUUUUCGGUUCAUUAGCCAUAGCAGUUGCGUUGAUGGUGCUUCUCUUUAUUCGAGAUGAUCCCGGUCAACAUCCUUUUAUUUCAGAAAAUGAACUUGAAGAAAUUAUUCAGCAUCGACUGGUCAGGACAGGGAAACCUAAAAGCUUACCAUGGUCAUCAUUGUUAACAUCACCGGCAAUUUAUGCAGUUCUUAUAGCUAACUUUACUUAUAGUUGGAGCGCUGGUUUCUUUUCCUUGCAAUUGUCUUCAUUUUAUAAAAAUGUUCUCGAUGUUAGCCAUAAAUCGAACGGAGUCAUGACUGCUCUACCAUAUAUAGUCUCAAUUAUGGUGAAUUAUCUAGCUGGUUACUGUAUUGACUGGCUACGAGCAAGUGAGGUUCUUACAACCAUUAAACUCAGAAAAAUUGCCACUACAAUUGGCUAUGGAGUUGCUGCGAGCUGCUUAUUUUUGAUACCUUUUGUUGGAAAACAUGUUGGAACCGUUGUUAUCUUAGCCACCAUUGCUAAAGGCUUUGGAGCUUUGAAUGUAGCUGGACCAGGAUCCAAUCAUCUAGAUAUUUGUCCAAGUUUUGCUGGAACAUUCAAUGGACUUUCUAGAACAAUUUCAGACCUUUCUCAAAUCUUGAUGAACGAAUCUGUCGCAAUAUUGGUUGGCAACAAUCCAACUCCUAAACACUGGUAUAAUACGUUUUACCUUUCGGCGAUCUUAACCAUCUUCGGAGCAUCAGUCUUUGUCCUUUUAGGCUCGGGAAAGGUUCAACAUUGGGAUCCAUCUUAUAAGAAAACAGAUAAAAAUGAAAUUAAUGUAAAUUCGUUAAAAGCCAAAAAACCAGAAUUACGAAUCACAGUUAAAGAUGAAGAAAAAUAUUAAAACAAUAAAAAUAACACAUCAAUUUUUAUACACGAA